ACGACACCUCACCCGCACUUGACCCGCGUGGUAGUGAUUAUCAUUAUCUGCAUCUUCCUGCUCGAAUUGGGUGACUACAUGAUGCGGGCACCUUCCAUGCGGAUUCUGGAAGACAUCACCUGUAGGAAGUUUUACGGAUCCACCACUCCAUUCGACUCCCACGGCCCUCGACCUAUCCCCGAACAUGAAUGCAAGGUCGCGCCUGUACAAGCGGAGAUAGCAAUGAUAAAGGGCUGGGACAAUGCUCUCUCUUGUAUACCUGCUAUCUUUCUUGCUAUAACGUAUGGGUAUGUGGGAGAUCGAUAUGGGAGAAAGAUAAUGCCUGUUUUGGCCGUGUUUGGUAUACUACUGUCACAGCUUUGGGUGCAAUUUGUUCUUUAUUUCAACGACACUUUCGACGUUCGGUGGAUAUGGGCCGGGAAUUUGUUUCUUCUGAUCGGAGGUGGCAGUGCUGUUUCCCAGAACUCUAUCUAUGCCAUCGUCGCGGAUGUUGCGCCGGAGUCUAAAAGCAAGGGCCCCGUUUUCUUCCAAGUCUCUGCUGCCGCGCUCAUAUCCACAGUAGUCGGCAUUCCAUUAUCCUGGUUGCUGAUGAAAAUCGACCCAUUUAACGCACUAUUAGCCGCUUCCGGCUUUAUAGCUCUUGGGAAUAUGCUGGUUCUCUUCCUCCCUGAAACGCUGCAGCAAGCAAAGAAGAACGAUGAUGCUGCUCUAAAUCACCUCGUCCAAGAUUCGCACACCGACGAAGACAUCUCACCCACGCGAGCUAAAUCGUCAAAGAUCGAUUUAAGGGUCAUGAUUGUCAAAGUUGUCCACGAUUCUCGCUUCAUAUUGGCAAACCCCGGUCUCUGUGCUCUUAUAUUCACAUUUAUUCCGUCCAGCUUGUCGAACAACAGCGUUUCGAUUCUCUUUCAACUUGCCUCACUGAGGUUUCACUGGUCACUGGCAGAGGCUAGUUUCCUCCUUCCCUUCAGCUCAGUCACCAACUUUGUAAUUCUCAUCGGUAUCCUGCCAGUGAUCUAUUCCGUCCUAGGUUCGCGCUUCGGUCUCCGCUCCUCGAGCAAAGAUCUCCUCGUCGCGCGUGGUUCUCUCGUGUUCCACAUCCUCGGUGCUCUCGCUAUCGCUUUCCCUGCCGGUCCCUCGUUCCUAUAUCUUCGGUACCUUUAUAUUUGCUUGCGGCGACGGCCAUGUUUCCGCCUCACGCUCUCUCCUCACAUCAUUCGUUCAUCCUGAUCAAGUCUCCCGUCUGUAUGCUGUGCUGGCUAUCAUGAUGACGAUUGGAAAUAUGAUUAUGGCCCCCUUGCUGUCAAAGGCCUUUUCAUUGGGAUCGGAUCUUGGAGGGAGUUGGAGCGGAAUCGUAUUUUUGACUGUUGCUGCUUUGUACCUAGUGCUUGGAUUGCCAUUGUGGAUUAUUAGGCUGCCGAGUCAAGAUGAAGGUAUUCAUGGCUAAAUUGGAAAUGGGGAGAGGAAAAUUUUUAGAAAUGCUUGUCUUCCUCAACUAUUAACGCUAAGCGCUAGACAACUAAGAACUGUGCUAAGGAAAAGCUUCAGGGCACUCUUCC